CCAUCCAGCCCCACGCAUCAUCAUCAUCCCCCACAUGGAAGAAAUUAUCGAAAUUUUGAUGAAUUACGAAACCCACAUCUUUACCAGUUUGGUAAUAACCGGCAACCUCCACAAUAUCGUUCACCCUAUGCAAAUAAUUUGCAAACAUUCACCGUCCCCACGGGUCAAGCGCAAUAUUCUGUCCCGGUCUCGAUGUCCAUGGCGUUUCCGGGGUCAACCUCGUCCCCCUCGAGUCAUCAAGUAUCCUUGAUAAGGCAACAUACUUAUCUACCUCCAUCUUCACCCUCACUAAAUCAUCACCAUCACAUCCGUAUUUUACACCAGAAUCCAUUACCACCACCACAGGCAAGAAUUCUCAACUCGAAUCCUCAUCUUAACGGAGAAGAUGAAAAAGCAGACACGAAAUACCUCGAGCUUAACCUUUACAACAAUAACAAUAAUCAUCCAGCAGAUCAAGGGAAUUUUGGGUUGAGACAGCCCCAGCACCAGCAAGAUGACGAUGUAAGGGCUGGAUUUAAGAGUCUCCCCUUUUAUCCAUCGUACCCUUCCUACACCUCGAGGGCUGCCCGGAAGGGGAUUGUGGAAAAUGAUAGUGUUCACCAACACCAAAAAUCUGAGCUCCCCUUCGUCACGUCAACCUUUUACAAGGAGCAGGAGAAGAAAAAGCCUGAAAAUGUUGUUAAUAACGAGUUGGAUUUUUUUGGGAGAAAAAAUCCAGAUUCUUCUCUAAGAAAGGAUGGAUUCGUGCCGUCUCCGCAGGUGAAGAUGAGUAGCAGAGGAGAUGAUAAUAAUGAAAAUCGUGGUGGUGGUAAUAAUUUGGUAGGAAUUGGUAAUAAUAAUUUCCUGGUGGGGAGAGAGGGGGGCAGUUUAGUUGUAAAUGAUGACGGAUGGGUCGGCUUGGAAGGGCCGAGGUUGUUCGAAUCGCAGAAAAAUAAUGCCAGCGAGGGGAUGAGUUUUAAUGGCGGGGGGAUAAAAAUCUAUGAUGCUGCGACGAGUACAACGACAACGACGACAAGGGCGCCGGCGACGAUGUCGACGGCGACCACUCAGAAGGUGAGGAUGAGAGGUAAAACUUCUCGAGAAGUCAUGUCUCAUAAUCAAAGUGAACUUAAAAGUAAGCCUGGUACGAUUGGGGAUACGUUCAAGACGAAAAUUCCUUCCUACAAGACGACCAAGUUGGCAAAAAGUAGUAAUAAUCAGACUUCAAUAGUGGCGGAAACGUCCAGUAAGAAGAAGAAGAAUAGGUCGGAUAUCAUUAUUAACAAGACGUCGUCGUCAUCCUCGUCUAAAUCGGGUUAUUCUAAGAUAAGAAGUGACACAAAAUUAUUGACCACAAAUCAGGAUAACGUUCUUAAUAUUACCACCGUACCUCCGAUAACCGUUGUCCACCCCGAGAAAACUUCCGCCUCUAAGAUGCCCGGUGUCCCUGCCACCCACACGGAUCGGGGCGAGGACUUGUCAACCAUGGUAAGAAAUUCUCGCAAACCGGAAAUUACUCCUCCUCCAACGACGACCGAAAGUUUGAAAGUUGUCCAGAUUUCUACGGCGGAUAACAUGUUAUCCUCGCCGGGGACUAAUUACUUCCAAAUUAGUGAAGCCACGUCGGACCCAUUUCCCGAUAAGACGACGAUAAAAAAGCAGUAUUACACGGCUUAUAAUGACGCCGAGGUACAGAAAAGUGGUACUGGUUCCAUUUCCGGUGGUCCAUUAAUUGGAGCAUCAGCCAAGUACACGGAACCCAAACCGAGUCCAGGACAAGUCAUGCAGUUCACUCCGAACGACGUGAGACCAUCUUUCAAUCCGAAUAAUAAUUUCCAACAAGGACAAAAAAGUGGGGACACAAUUGGGGGCGAAAGUCAGACCAAGUUCCACUUUACGCCUCCACAACAACAAAUAAUCGGUCUUCGUCCCCCCACCCCGUCCGCUCCCUACCCAUUUUCGACCUCGAUACCCAUCGUGUCCAAUAAUUUGAUCAUGCCAAGUUAUCAUCAUCCUCAGCAUCGUUUUCCACGCCCGGGUAAAAAUUUGCCCCAUUUUCACCCCAACAAUCAUCGUCAGGCGAGACGACGCCCCAUGAUUCCGACCGUGUCGUACCCACCCCCACCACUCCACGGGUACGGAGGACAGCACCGUCCCCGACGGAUGACCACGCUCCCCAUCGCGCCAUCCGAGGCGACCCAGUUCUCGGCAAGGUCACUCGACCUUGGAUUAGACGAGAAAAACCGGGGGAUGAAAAGUAGUAUUAGCAAUAAAAAGAUCGUGAAGAAGAGUUCGGCCGGAGGAGGGGGGCAGAACUGGUUGAAUUCCGUGAUGGGGAGGAGGGACGGGGAGGAGGACGAUUCUGAAGAAGAACUCAACGGAGGAGGAGGUCUCGUCACGGAUCGGGAUGGGAGACCGAUUGUCGAUCCGCAACAUCCCGUUGUGAUGAAUGCCCUUAACCCGUUAGGAAACCCGGCGAUGGUUCCUGAUCAACUUAUCAAAAAACACCAGAAAAUUUUGGAUCCCUCGUCCCUUAUCGUGUUGGAUAAGAAGGCAGUCAUCGUUGUGAUAAUGGUGGGAUGGUUGAUCAUUUUUGGGACAUUGUUCUCCUACAAGACGUUCGGAAAGGGCGGUGGUGGGGGGAACAAGGGAGGGAUAAGGCAAGGCUGGGAGCAGGAAUUGUUGGGAGGAGACGCUUACAAACCACUCUUACUAAAUAUUCCAAAAGACGGGACAGACCCGUUCGUUGGGACGAGCAGGGCCAUGGACGUUUCCGGACCGAACUGGGGGAUGAACUUUGUCAAGGUUUUGGACUACAUUGACAUCGCUCGGAAGAACUAUGAAGGUUUCGACUGGCAAAAUCUGGACUGCCAGAAACGCGUCCUUUGCGAACUCAGCCAGGAACACAGCCUUACUGGAGAGACGGGACGGAAGAUUACGAACAAUUAUUUGUUGAGAUUCGUCGACGUCCUGGACGGUCUUCCCAUCCCGCAGAUAAUCCAAGCUUAUCUGGCCGAAUACAAGGAAGCCAUCACUGAGGGAAAGAACGCCAAGAAAACUUGUAACGAGAUUUACUCUCACAAGUGCAAAUUCUCGCUGACCAAGCUCGUCGAAACUAUGAAGAAGGAGAGCAAGAAAGAGUAAAGAGGGGGAUUUUCUGGGGGGAAUGGACUUAAUUUCAUAACAAUUAAGCCAUCAAUUAAUGACAAUUGGAUUGAAUCGUUUGAAAGUUUUUUGAAAUUCGGGUAAUUUAUUGCUGUUUUUUUUUGUAAAAUCAUUGAAUUUUUUUUUGUCCUCUACAAAAUCAACUUACUCAAUGCAAUAAUUUUAGUUUAAUUGUUGACUCUUAAAGGCUAGUUAAUUUAAUUAUGAUUAUAAAUACUUGACAUUUUUGGUUCGUUAAUACUGUGAUGACUGAUGGACGCAUACAUACAAAAAAAUAUACGAAAUCUGAGCGACGACUUAAUUAGUGACGAUAUUUACGUAUUAAUUAUAUAAUUAAUUACUGAAAUGGACGCUUAACUGCACAAUGUGACCAUGAUUUAGACGAAAAAUAAAGAUAAAGUAAAACUGAAAACAAAA